CUAUAAAUUUAAUUGUGUUUAAACAUUUCGUCAAAUUAAUGCGAUAUCGAUUUCAAUGUCUAUUCCAAAUUUAAUGCAUGGUUCGCCUUGGCGCCAACAGUUGAAUGUCGUUAACCAUGCCAUACUCAAUGUCCAGAGCUGCUGCUACUUUUUCAGCCUGAAAAUGGGCUGCAAGCUAAUUGUGCUAUUCGAAAAUAUUCUCGGUCUAUGGCAGAUAUACCUCGGCUACAGUCAAAUCCAUGACAUAAAUAGAAAUUUGGCGCCCGAAUGGUUCUCUUCCAACACAACUCAGCACAAUUCGGAGUUUUAUUUGUUCUUGGGACUCGUUGCUUUCUUUUGCGCCCAACUUCUGUUGGCCGGCGUUGUCUUUCAACGCAAGGUAUGUGUCAUGAUUUGGAUAGGUGUGAUGGCAUCGUCCACGGUGGCUUUUAUGUUCUAUACGCUGGUCAUUGAUUGCAUACCUGAAUCUAUGCUAAUCGAUACAUUGGUCUCAGCUCUUCAAGCAUAUUUUGUAGGAAUAGGUUUAGCCUACCAUAUGCAAUUAGAACGAAGUGAAAAUUCUGACGACGAUCUCGAGGUGCUCUUCACGGCUAGCGCGGCUUGAGAGCUCUUCGAUUAAAAAUAUUUAUCAAGCAUUUGUUUCGAUUGGACUACAACUAAUCGCUAUAUAUUAGAUAUAAAUAUUCAGAUAUUAUUUGUUAAGUCAUGCCAUAAUUCCGACCACUACAACCAAUC